GGAGCGGCAUUCCCGGGGUAGUGUAGCGGCAGGAGGAAGAUGGAGGCCGGCCCCAUGUCAGCCGCUCGCUGGCCCCGCGGCGCCCUCCCCUGCAGGCGGGCUCUGAGUCUGCUGCUCCUGCUCCUGUUGCAGCUGCUGGGCCCCGCCAGCGCCAGCGCCGGAUCCCGCCGCACUCUCGUGCUGUUGGAGAACGUCAACUUGCGCGAGACCCACUCGCUGUUCUUCCGGAGCUUGGCGGACCGAGGUUUUGACCUCACCUACAGGACUGCUGACGACCCCAGCCUUUCCCUCAUUAAGUACGGGGAGUUCCUGUAUGACAAUCUCAUCAUCUUCUCUCCUUCUGUGGAAGAUUUUGGAGGCAAUAUUAAUGUAGAGACCAUCAGUUCUUUUAUUGAUGGAGGUGGCAGUGUCCUGGUAGCUGCCAGCUCAGACAUCGGCGACCCACUGAGGGAGCUGGGCAGUGAGUGUGGGAUUGAAUUUGAUGAGGAGAAAACAGCUGUUAUUGACCAUCAUAACUAUGACAUCUCUGACCCUGGAGAGCACACACUCAUUGUGGCAGACACUGAAAAUCUCCUCAAGGCCCCGACCAUUGUAGGAAGAACAUCCCUUAAUCCCAUCCUGUUUCGGGGUGUUGGAAUGGUUGCUGAUCCCGAUAACCCUCUGGUGCUGGAUAUUCUGACAGGCUCUUCUACUUCAUAUUCCUUUUUUCCUGAUAAACCGAUCACACAGUAUCCCCAUGCAGUGGGGAAGAACACCCUCCUGAUUGCAGGACUCCAGGCUCGGAAUAACGCCCGAGUCAUCUUCAGCGGCUCCUUGGACUUCUUCAGUGAUGCUUUCUUUAAUUCUGCAGUGCAAAAAGCCAGCCCUGGCUCCCAGAGAUACUCCCAAACAGGCAACUAUGAGUUGGCGGUUGCUUUGUCCAGAUGGGUGUUCAAGGAGGAGGGUGUCCUUCGGGUAGGGGCUGUGUCUCAUCAUCGAGUAGGAGAGAAGGCCCCACCCAAUGCUUAUACUGUCACAGACCUGGUGGAGUACAGCAUUGUGAUUGAGAAGCUUUCAGAAGGCAAGUGGGUCCCCUUUGAUGGGGAUGACAUUCAGCUGGAGUUUGUCCGGAUUGAUCCAUUUGUGAGGACUUUCUUGAAGAGAAAGGGUGGCAAAUACAGUGUCCAAUUCAAGCUACCAGAUGUCUAUGGAGUAUUCCAAUUCAAAGUGGAUUAUAACCGGUUGGGCUACACGCACUUAUACUCUUCUACUCAGGUGUCUGUGCGCCCCCUCCAGCACACACAGUAUGAGCGAUUCAUCCCCUCAGCUUUCCCUUAUUACGCAAGUGCUUUCUCUAUGAUGGUUGGGCUCUUCCUCUUUAGUGCUGUCUUUUUACACAUGAAGGAGAAAGAAAAAUCUGAUUGAAGGAGCCUUGGAGUCCUAUGGGCUGUAGGUUUGGCAGCUAUGGGUGGCCUGGACCAGCCUCACUUCUCUGAGAGACAGUUACCAGGGUGGGGGAUUCUCCUCCAGCAUCUCUGCUCCAGGGUCUUUGGUGGCUGCAGCCACUCAUUCCCACUUGUGAAAUAAAAGAUAGUUCCUCCAA